AUGACGGAACCACCACCAGCCAUAAAACCAUGCAAACCUUUGAUAUUGGACGAAUUGUUAAUACAAAAUAUGAACACUUGGGGUAAUGUGCAAUAUAACAUUCCUCUAAGGCUGUCCAACAAUGAGACCAGGACUGCUUCAAGUAUUGCGCUGCGACAUAUCCCCGACAUAUCACAAAGCUUGGACUGUAAAAUUGAUGAUCCUCUACCAGAGAGACUCACGGGCCGAGAUAUGGUAGUUGAAAAAGAGUCAUACAGAACUACCACGGGAGAGUAUUGUGUUAAGCCAAACCCCAACAAAGCCAUGGAAAGAGCUGAUUGUUCGAUCAAUUGCCGAAGAGUUAUAUUCAUGACUGGAGUUGAUAAAGCAUUACAAAAGAAAAGUAUUACACAACCCACAAUUAUGUCAGAAAUGAAGGACAAAUUUAGGGGCCUGGCAAAAUCUCCUCAAGCUCCUCCUGACAUCAUAGUGAGGCCACCGGACCCGGAAUACAUCUUUGAUGUCAUAGCGUCCGGGAGAAACGAAGCACCAGCUAUUUACGACAAUUCUACAGGAUUCAGAAAACAACUGGAUCCAUAUUUGUCGACGUAUAGAACUUAUCACAAGCCUUUUACACCUGAUGAACAGUAUGGCGUUGCUGCUAAAGACCACAUCACAUUGUACUCUGACAAUAAUACACCAAAGGUCAAAGGGUUCGGACCAAGACACAAAGAAAUAUGGAUGCCUAUGACAAGCAAGGUACAUAGAGGAGUAUACGACCGGAUCCAUGUAAAGAAAGAAUUUAAAGAAGUUGCUGCUUGUCAUAAUCCUGUCAAUAAUAUCAAAGGGGUCUUUGAAUCUGAAACACACAAAAAGUACAAGAUACCGUUUGCUAGCUCAGAGCUGGCCUCUUGGACUCAUGGAGAAGCGUUCCAUUUAGCGCCUUUCGCACCGAAUCCCUUCCAGACCAAUAUUGCUCCUUUCAUGUAUUGCAGUGACUAUUGUCAUGUUGCUAGAGGAACAUCUCCGUCCAUUGUUAUUGACCAAAUAGCUCCCGAAAAGAUACCGCAUCCGCAUUGCAAGGAAAGAUUUAUAGUUUCUCGAGACUUUUAA